ACAGACCAGAACACCAGCAAACCUCACAAGUCACAUCACAUGGGUUAUUUUGUUCUUUUUUUUUUUUUUCAAUAAUAAAAUAUUAUUAAUAUAAAGAUCAUGCUCCAAAAUAAUGAUGAAUAUGUGAUUCAUUCUAAAGAAAGAUUCUCUGGUUCUUCCUUCACUUCUCAGCCAAUCUCUUGUAAUGCCAAUUUUCUUUGCACCGCUCCAAUUCCUCUUACAGGUACAGUUUUUGCUUAAUCGGACACGGCAUUUGACUGCUGUUAUUCGAUUUCCCUAUUUUGCUGCUGCUCCUGCUUCUCGGAGGACCCACCCUGAUUUCUUCGUCGGAAUUUGAGCAAUUAGAGCUUGUUAUUAUUGAUGGCGGAUCUCAAAGAGCGCCUGCUUCCACCAAAACCUGCGUCAGCUAUAAAUCUAAGAGAUGCUUCUUUUAGAGCAUCUGCUUCUGGACGCCAACCUUUUCAAGGUGUUGAUGUUUUGGGUUUGAAGAAGCGUGGCCAAGGACCGCGGUCUUGGAUUCGUGUUGAUUCAUCUGGGAACUCGCAGGUUAUUGAGGUUGACAAGUUUACUAUUAUGCGUCGUUGUGAUCUACCUGCUCGUGAUCUACGAUUGCUGGAUCCUCUGUUUGUUUACCCUUCAACAAUUCUUGGUAGAGAGAAGGCCAUAGUUGUAAAUUUGGAGCAGAUUCGAUGUAUUAUUACUGCUGAUGAGGUUCUGCUCCUAAAUUCCCUUGACAGCUAUGUCUUGCAGUAUGUGGUGGAGCUAAAACGUCGGUUGCAAACAGCUGGAGUAGGUGAGGUUUGGCAGUCAGAAGGUGCUGAAUUGAAUAGAAGGAGAAGUAGGAAUUUCGAUAAUGUAUUUGGGAACCCAUCCCCUGAUUAUUUGCCCUUUGAAUUUAGGGCCCUUGAAGUUGCUUUGGAAGCUGCCUGUACAUUCCUUGAUUCUCAGGCAGCAGAAUUAGAAAUUGAAGCAUACCCAUUAUUGGAUGAACUAACAUCAAAGAUCAGUACGUUAAAUUUGGAACGUGUCCGUCGAUUGAAAAGCAGACUUGUGGCCUUGACCCGGAGAGUUCAGAAGGUUAGGGAUGAAAUAGAGCAGCUCAUGGAUGAUGACGGAGAUAUGGCUGAAAUGUAUCUCACUGAAAAGAAAAGGCGGAUGGAGUCAUCAUUCUAUGGUGAUCAGUCUUUGAUGGGAUUUAGAUCAAAUGAUGGUGGGCUAUCUGCUUCUGCUCCAGUUUCUCCUGUUUCUUCACCUCCCGAGUCCCGGAGGCUUGAGAAAAGCUUGAGCAUUGCAAGGAGUCGGCAUGAGAGCAUGAGGAGUACAGAAAGUUCUACAGAGAGUAUAGAGCAGUUGGAGAUGUUGCUGGAGGCAUACUUUGUUGUCAUUGAUAGCACCCUAAACAAGUUGACAUCGUUGAAAGAGUACAUUGAUGACACAGAGGAUUUCAUCAACAUUCAGCUGGAUAAUGUCCGAAACCAACUUAUCCAAUUUGAGCUUCUGCUCACAACAGCAACCUUUGUUGUUGCCAUCUUUGGAGUUGUAGCAGGUAUCUUUGGCAUGAAUUUUGAUAUACCAUUAUUUGAGGACCCAGGUGCAUUUAAGUGGGUCCUCAUUAAUACUGGAGUAGCUGGAAUCUCCAUAUUUUGUGCAUUUGUAUGGUUCUUCAAGUACAGAAGACUUAUGCCGCUAUAGAAUUAUUAGGAAAUUGCAAGUAGACGUUAAGAUUAUACUCAACCAAUUGCUUCUAUUAAUUACCUCUGUACUCUGUAUAUGAAAUGAAAGAUAUAAAAUGGAAAAAUGGCUCUUUGUUGGGCCAAUUUUUGAA